AUGCAGGCGGCUGUGCCUAUCACUGAAAUAGACCUUGACUCUGUCAUUGACAGGCUCGUUGCAGUGCGAGGCAAUCGGCCAGGAAAGCUAGUGCAGCUGCACGAAUACGAGAUCAAGUACCUGUGCGCCAAGUCACGAGAGGUGUUCCUCGCCCAACCCAAUCUUCUGGAGCUCGAAGCCCCGAUCAAGAUAUGCGGCGAUAUCCAUGGACAGUACUAUGAUCUCUUGCGCCUCUUCGAGUACGGUGGCUUUCCCCCGGAAGCGAAUUAUCUGUUUUUGGGCGACUAUGUCGACCGGGGCAAGCAGUCAUUGGAGACGAUAUGUCUGAUGUUGGCUUACAAGAUCAAGUACCCGGAGAAUUUCUUCCUCCUACGGGGAAACCACGAAGCCGCGAGCACAAACCGGAUAUACGGUUUCUACGAUGAAUGCAAACGUCGAUAUAAUAUAAAGCUGUGGAAAACGUUUACGGACUGCUUCAAUUGCUUGCCCAUCGCCGCAAUAGUCGGUGACCGCAUAUUCUGCAUGCAUGGCGGGCUCAGUCCGGACUUGAAGGUUAUGGAUCAGAUACGGAGGGUUAUGCGGCCCACCGACAUACCGGACACCGGUCUCAUAUGCGACCUCCUUUGGUCAGAUCCCGAAAACGCAAUCAAGGGUUGGGGCGAAAACGACCGCGGAAUCUCGUUCACAUUUGGGCCCGACGUGGUCGCCGAAUUCUUGAGCAAACAUCAAUUCGACCUGAUCUGCCGUGCUCAUCAGGUUGUCGAGGACGGCUAUGAAUUCUUUGCAAAAAGACACCUUGUCACAAUUUUCUCGGCUCCAAAUUACUGCGGAGAAUUCGACAACGCAGGAGCGAUGAUGUCCGUGGACGAAGAUUUGCUAUGCACAUUCCUCAUUCUCAAACCCGCACAAAAGAAGCCGAAGAAUGGGCAGUCAAGCCCAUGGAUUAGGAAAGCCAGAAAAAGCGGCCAAUGAGUCCAAUACCCC